CGGGCUUGCACGGGAGGUGGAAGGGAAGGGAAGGGACGGGAGGGCGCGCUCUGCGGUGUUGGUUUCGAUGUUGGCUCGGGAGUGCGGGUGUUCUCUUCAGCACGGAGCUCGAUAAAAGAACAUUGCAAAGGUGCCGUGCCGAUUGUGUGUCUGCUGGAGAGAGCUGACAGUGACAUUUGGAAUUUCUGUGGGAGGACUGUGCAGGAAAUCCCCAAAUUCUGAUGGAGACUCUUCCCCGUAUUUAGGUCUGAAAGGAAGCAGCAAAGCGGACAGUUCUGCUUUAAGAAGUGUGGGGGAAGCUGCUGUGUGAUUAAAAUGUGUGGGGUGUGCCGGGUCCGUGAGUCUGAAAUACUUUAACCUGCAGUCAGGCCAGCACAAAUCCUUCCAAUUUCCAGUUACAAGGAAAGGAAUUUUUUUUAAUAUAAUGCCAUUAACUUGGCGUGAUAAGUAAGGAUGGGAUAUAUGAGUAAUGUGGGGAAGAAAUAUCCUGUUACAGUGUGACAGAUUUCUGCUUGUUUUCUUGCUGUGAGGCAAUUCCUCCUGCCGCCUUCUCCCAGCCUGGCUGGCAGGUUUAAAACCCAGCGUGCAGACGCAGAAGGAAGCUGCAGGCAGCACUGAAGGUCUGUUGACUUAGAGAAGGCUCAGAAGCAUGGAAAGCCUCUGUGCAGCAAACACCACUUUUGCUGUGGACCUGUUCAGAAAGCUGUGUGAGGAGAGAAGUGGGAAGAAUGUGUUCUUUUCACCAUUUAGUAUUUCUUCUGCUUUGUCUAUGGUUUUGCUGGGUUCCAGAGGUAGCACUGAAGCCCAAAUAAGUAAGGUGCUCUCUCUGAAGGAUGCCCAGGAUGCUCACAAUGGGUAUCAAUCCCUUCUCUCUGAGAUUAAUGAUCCAAACACCAAAUACAUCCUGAGAACUGCAAACCGGCUCUAUGGAGAAAAGACCUUUGAGUUUCUUGCAUCUUUCAUAGAGUCGAGUCAGAAAUCCUACCAUGCUGGCCUAGAGCAGAUGGACUUCCUGCAUGCCUGGGAGGAUUCCAGGAAACAAAUCAAUGGCUGGGUAGAGGAAAGGACUGAAGGUAAAAUUCAGAACCUGUUGGCAGAGGGAAUUCUCAGUUCCCUGACCAGACUUGUGUUGGUGAAUGCCAUCUAUUUCAAAGGCACCUGGGAAAAGCCAUUCAGGAAGCAGAGUACCACAGAAUGGCCAUUCCACAUUAACAAGAACGAGACCAGACCUGUGCAGAUGAUGUUCAAGGAGGCGAAUUUUAACAUGACGUACAUUGGGGAGCUGCAGACCAAAAUCCUUGAGCUGCCCUAUGUGGGUAAUGAAGUGAGCAUGAUCAUCCUGCUCCCUGAUGCAAUCCAGGAUGGAUCCACAGGCUUGGAAAGACUGGAAAGAGAACUUACAUCUGAGAAACUGAGGGGUUGGAUCAGUUCCGAAAUGAUGAAGUCUAGAAAGGUGAGGGUGUCUUUUCCCAGAUUUAAACUGGAAGAAAACUAUGAUCUGAAACCCCUUCUGAGCAGCAUGGGAAUGCGUGAUGCCUUUGACUUGGGGAAGGCAGACUUCUCAGGAAUCUCAUCUGGCAAGGAGCUGGUGCUGUCUGAAGUGGUUCACAAGUCCUUUGUGGAAGUCAAUGAAGAAGGCACUGAAGCAGCUGCUGCCAGUGGGCUGGUUGCAAAUUUCAAGUGUGCCAUGAGAGUUCCAGAAUUCACUGCUGAUCAUCCCUUCCUCUUCUUCAUCCGGCACAACAAAUCCAGCAGCAUUCUGUUCUGUGGCAGGUUCUGCUGUCCCUAAGGAGGAGAUGUCUGGGCAGCACAGGUGCCAUCACACAAUAAAUGUGCAUUUCCCUGGAACAA